GAAUCAGAUUUUAUCACAUAACAACAUGAAGCUGUGGAUUCAUCUCUUAUAUUCAUCUCUCCUUGCCUGCAUAUCUUCACAGUCCCAAACUCCAGUGUCCUCGACCAGAGGUUCUUGUGAUUCUCUUUGCAAUUGUGAGGAAAAAGAUGGCACAAUGCUAAUAAAUUGUGAAGAAAAAGGUAUCAAGAAGUUAUCCCAAAUAAGUGUACCACCAUCACGACCUUUCCACCUAAGUUUAUUAAAUAAUGGCUUGACAAUGCUUCACACAAAUGACUUUUCUGGGCUUACCAAUGCUAUCUCAAUACACCUUGGAUUUAACAAUAUUGCAGAUAUUGAGUCUGGUGCAUUUAAUGGCCUUGGCCUUCUUAAGCAACUUCAUAUCAAUCACAAUUCAUUAGAAAUUCUCAAAGAGGAUACCUUCCAUGGACUGGAAAACCUGGAAUUCCUCCAAGCAGAUAACAAUUUCAUUACAGUGAUUGAACCAAGUGCCUUUAGCAAGCUUAACAGACUUAAAGUGUUAAUUUUAAAUGACAAUGCCAUUGAGAGUCUUCCUCCAAAUAUAUUUCGGUUCGUUCCUUUAACCCAUCUAGAUCUUCGUGGAAAUCAGUUGCAAACAUUGCCUUAUGUUGGCUUUUUAGAACACAUUGGCCGGAUAUUGGACCUCCAAUUGGAGGACAAUAAGUGGACCUGUAAUUGUGACUUAUUAGAGCUAAAAAUUUGGUUGGAAAACAUGCCUCCACAGUCUGUAAUUGGUGAUGUCGUCUGCAACAGCCCUCCAUUUUUCAAAGGAAGUAUACUAAGCAGACUGAAAAAGGAAUCAAUUUGCCCCACCCCACCAGUGUAUGAAGAACACGAGGAUCCAUCAGGAUCGUUACAUCUGGCAGCAACUUCUUCAAUGAGUGAAAGUCACGUGUCAACCAAAACCACACCUCUUUCAAAACCAACCACCAAAGCACCAGUUUUGAUACCCUAUAUUACAAAGCCAUUCACUCAACUCCCAGGACCCUACUGUCCUAUUCCCUGUAACUGCAAAGUACUAUCCCCAUCAGGACUUCUAGUACACUGUCAGGAGCGCAAUAUUGAAAGCUUAUCAGAUCUAAAACCUCCUCCACAAAAUCCCAGAAAGCUUGUGCUAGCAGGGAAUAUUAUCCAUACAUUAAUGAAGUCUGAUCUAGUGGAAUACUUCACUUUGGAAAUGCUUCACUUGGGAAAUAAUCGUAUUGAGGUUCUUGAGGAAGGCUCAUUUAUGAAUCUGACAAGAUUGCAAAAGCUCUAUCUAAAUGGUAACCACCUGACCAAAUUAAGUAGAGGCAUGUUCCUUGGUCUCCACAAUCUUGAAUACUUAUAUCUUGAAUACAAUGCAGUUAAGGAAAUAUUGCCAGGGACCUUUAACCCAAUGCCUAAACUUAAAGUCCUCUAUUUAAAUAACAACCUCCUGCAAGUUUUACCACCACAUAUUUUUUCAGGGGUUUCCCUAACAAGGAUAAACCUGAAAACAAACCAGUUUACCCAUCUCCCUGUAAGUAAUAUCUUGGAUGACCUUGACUUAUUGACUCAGAUUGACCUUGAGGACAAUCCCUGGGAUUGCUCCUGUGACCUGGUUGGAUUGCAACAAUGGCUACAAAAACUAAGUAAGAACACAGUAACAGAUGACAUCCUCUGCACUUCUCCAGAGCACCUGGACAAAAAGGAAUUAAAAGCACUAACUAGUGAACUUCUUUGCCCUGGUUUAGUCAAUAACCCAUCCCUGCCAACUCAAACUAGUUACAUGAUUGUCAGUACCCCUGCAACCACAACUACAGCUGAUACUAUUUUGAGAUCACUUACUGAUGCUGUACCACUCUCUGUUCUAAUACUAGGACUGCUGAUUGUGUUCAUAACCAUUGUGUUCUGUGCUGCAGGGAUAGUGGUUCUUGUUCUCCACCGCAGGAGAAGAUACAAAAAGAAACAAGCUGAUGAGCAGAUGAGAGACAACAGUCCAGUCCAUCUCCAGUAUAGUAUGUAUGGCCAUAAAACAACUCACCACACUACUGAGAGACCCACUGCAUCACUCUAUGAGCAGCACAUGGUGAGUCCCAUGGUUCAUGUCUAUAGAAGUCCAUCCUUUGGCCCAAAGCAUUUGGAAGAUGAAGAAGAAAGGAAUGAAAAAGACGGAAGUGAUGCGAAACAUCUCCAAAGAAGUCUUUUAGAACGGGAAAAUCAUUCACCACUCACAGGGUCAAAUAUGAAAUACAAAACCACAGACCAAUCAACUGAAUUUUUAUCUUUUCAGGAUGCCAGUUCAUUAUAUAGGAACAUUUUAGAGAAAGAAAGAGAACUUCAGCAACUGGGAAUCACAGAAUACCUAAGGAAGAACAUUGCUCAACUCCAGCCUGACAUGGAGGUACAUUAUCCUGGAGCCCACGAAGAGUUAAAAUUAAUGGAAACUUUAAUGUACUCAAGGCCCAGGAAGGUAUUAGUGGAACAGACUAAAAAUGAGUAUUUUGAGCUUAAAGCUAACUUACAUGCUGAACCUGACUACUUAGAAGUCCUGGAGCAGCAAACAUAGAUGGAGAGAUUGGGGCUUUUGCAGAAAUGCUGUGAUUCUGUCUUAAGUCCAAUCCUUGUAAAUAAGUGCCUUACAUGAGUGUGUCAUCAAUCAGAACUAAAGCACAGCAGUAAUCCUAUGGGAAAAAAAGAAGAAAAAGAAACUCAGGGAUCAUUGGGAGAAGCCAUUGCAUUGUCUUUGGGCAAUUUUGCCUACCCCCGAUAAAAUAAAUCCUUGCAUGUAAAUCAUCCAAGGAUUAUAGUAAUAUUUCUCCAUAUACUUAAAAGUGUUUCAGAAAAGUCCUCUUGCACAUCUAAGAGGGUUGAGUCUUUAAGCAACCCUUAUUUUCUUGAAUUACCAGUGGAUGAAAUAGAAUUGGGUUUUGUCAUUUAAAAGCUAUAACUGUAUAUGUAGUUAUUAUAAUAUGUAAGGAAUAUAUUGUUUAUAUAAUCAGUAUAUACCACAAAAAUGUACAUUGUCAGAUACACCUAAUUUUCUUGAAAUAAAGGCAAAAGGAACUGGAACUUCAAAAUUACCACUAGUAAUAGUAAAGAAAAAAAUAGAAGGUUGAAUUAGUAGGCUAUGAGGAGCCCAAGACUUCAAAGUUUUCAUUUGAGGGUUAGAAAAAUACCACUGCUAUGCUUUCUGAAUUUGAAAAUAGGAGUGAUUAAUAGUUCAGGUGGAUAAAUAGGCAAACUUUUUUGGUUUUUCUGCACAUUUUGUGUGGACAAUCUUAUUGUCAAUGCUGCUGUGAACUAAGGUAUGUCAUUUGUGCUCAAAGUUCAUUUUUUUUCCUUGGGAUAUUUUUAAAAUGCUACUGAUACUCAAUUGUAAAUAUGAUUAGUGCAUAAAUUAAGUUUAGUUUCUUUCAUAGCAUUAAUCCUUUGUAAAUUUGAAUGACCAUAAUAGAAAUAUGUUUCUUGUGGCAAGUAAUAAUUCACAGGUGUAAAACAAAUAGGAAAAAUUGUGUUUUUAAAAAUCUUUAUUGAUGUAAACUGAUAGUUGCCAUAAAUUAGUAGCAAAAGGCACGUCUAAGGGUAAGUGUUUUAAGUUGCCUCAGGAGUGGGACAAUGUAGCUUUAUUUUACAAGAAAGUAUAGCUAGAUUUCUAUGAACUAUUUAUUCUGUACAGUUUUGUAUAUUUUUGGUUCACAAAGGUAAUUAUUCUUGGGUGCCUUUCAAGAAGAUUAAAAAUACCACUCACGACAAUAAAAAUAAAAUG